AUGGCCGGCUUGGUGGACUUUCAGGACGAGGAGCAGGUGAAGUCUUUUCUGGAGAACAUGAAGGUGGAGUGCAACUACCAGUGCUACCGCGAGAAGGACCCGGACGGUUGCUAUCGGUUGGUGGACUAUUUGGAAGGGAUCCAGAAGAAUUUUGAUGAGGCCGCCAAGGUUUUGAAGUUCAAUUGUGAGGAGAACCAGCACAGUGACAGCUGCUAUAAACUGGGGGCCUAUUACGUGACCGGGAAAGGUGGGCUGACUCAGGACCUGAAAGCUGCCUCUAACUGCUUUCUGAUGGCCUGUGAGAAGCCAGGAAAGAAGUCUGUGGAGGCAUGUCACAAUGUUGGCCUCCUGGCACAUGAUGGGCUGGUCAAUGAGGAUGGCCAGCCUGACCUGGGGAAGGCCAGGGACUACUACACAAGGGCCUGUGAUGGCAACUAUGCUGCCAGCUGCUUCAACCUCAGUGCCAUGUUCCUCCAGGGCGCCCCGGGUUUCCCCAAGGACAUGAAUCUGGCAUGCACUUACUCAGUGAGAGCGUGUGACCUGGGCCAUGUCUGGGCCUGUGCCAAUGCCAGCCGCAUGUACAAGCUGGGGGAUGGUGUGGAUAAGGAUGAGGCCAAGGCCCAGAUGCUCAAGAACCGGGCCCAGCAGUUGCAUAAAGAGCAGCAGAAAAGUGUUACUCCCUUAACGUUUGGGUAGCGUGGCCAGCCCUCUGAGGCAACGGACAGCCUGAGGCUAGUACCUCCUGUUUCUGAGAAUUAGGACCAUCCUUUGAGGUCAACCUUCUGGAGCAUGAAGACUUUGUUGAACUUGAAGCUCAUUGUUCUGCUUAUGUACACCGAUGGCCCCAGAUUGUCACCUAGUGGGUGCAGCUUGCAAGUUCAUUUCAACCAGUAGUCCUUUAUCUGGGUGUGUUCUGUGAAGACACCCAAGUCUAGAGGGGGUCUUGGCCUUCAAACUCCUGCAGCUCUUUGAAAAAGAGAAGCGUGUUUGGGAGCCAUAGACACUUGGUGGAAGGGAAAAAAAUCAAGUUGGAGAAAUCAGAAACCAUAGAACCUGAAAGAAUCAGAAAUGACAUUUUUAUUACUACCACUCCAUCACUGCGGAGGGCUUGAAAAUCAGAAAGUGCCUUGGUUUACAUAACGGAGAACCUUCAGAGGAGUCACUAUUGCCCCCCUCUGCCUUGCACCUUCGUUGGUGUGGGCUCCCUUUUGCCUUUAGAAUGAAGUCUUUAAGUAAACUCAGAGCACUCAGGAGGUGUGUGUAACAUGAAGGUUAAAGGUUGUCGUGCUUCAGGGUUGCCCAGUGGGUGAGAUACAAGCCUGCCAUCUGGUAGAGGAGACCAUGGUGAGUGAUUAGCGGCCUCAGCAGUUCACCUGGCCCUGUUCAUCAUGCUGGGGCAGCGGAUUAUUCCAGGCAGCUUCAGCUGGAAAUUCAUGAGAAUGGACCUUGUGACACUUUUUGUCUCCUGAAUAAAUUAUUUUGAUUUAUUAGCA